CCGCCCCGCAGGCAGUCACUUCUUCUAGGGCUGCUACUUCUUCUGCUCGCACGUGGGCUGGUGAAUCGAAAAAUCCCGCUGCAGACCCGCAGCUCCAGGAUUCAGAACCACAGCAACAGAACGGAAACUAUGCUGCUUAUCUUUUCUUUUGUUAUGUUGACAUCAGACCUGUCUUGAGUCUUCAAAUCUCCUUUAGCCAGACGUUUGGCAUUGAACUUAAGAAGUGCUUCUUAUAUCAACCUUCUACACUGGAUGACACCGGCAUACAGUCGUUUUUCUACACCAAAAAACUGCUCUGAAUAUUGAGGCUUUCUAAAUACAGAAUCUUGAGCAGGUCAAUGCUCCAAACACUGCUUCAACCUGCUGUGAAGCCAUGCUGAGAGCAAUUAAACAAGCAGAAGAGUCUUCCCUUCACCAUCAGAGAGACACGUUUAACAGUCUGUCUCCCAUGAGCUCAAUAGACUGUCUCUCUGUCACAUUCGGAUCACAGACCGCAUUCGUGUCUGACCGAGCAUCUUUUGGAGAGGAAUGCUUUAAAAAUGUAGCAGAAGUCAGCUGUGGCUCUUAAGUCUCCUUGACCUUCAGUGGCCACAACUGUGUUCAACAUUCAAUACUGUAGCCGGAUUAAUUGUAAGGGCCGGAGAGAAGAGGGCCUUCAUGAAUAACUACAUUCAGAAUGCAGAAAACCUUGACAAGUAUGAAGUCCGUCCUUCAGGAGUUCCUCGAGGUUCAGCAUCGCAGAUCUUUAACCGGUAACUCGCUUGACCCUGUGCAAACAACAGAUGGCCCAGAACAGAACCAGACCAGAAUAACCUAAUACAGCAGUGAGUGAAGUACUGAUGUUUGUUCAGUGUUACUCUGGGGUCAAACCACAGCGGAGGGUGAGCUGAACGGCUGGAUAGUUUAUUGAUCCGAGUGAUGUGCUGCAUUUCUCUCUGCUGGGCUGGAGUGUUUUGAUUGACAGCUGCUCCUGUGCUGAUCAGCUGCCCCAGGUCUCUAGUGAUGGAUUUGAAGAUUCUGCAGAGACUGUAUUGAGCUGUAGCUGCUACUUAUCUGUAUUUGCUUUCUAACAGCUGCGGAGCAUGAGCUCUCCCGAUGUGUGACGAAGGCGAGGGUCUCCGUGUCUCCUCUUCCUACUCCUCCCCACCCUCCACCUCCUCUCCCGCUCAUCUCCUUCAGAGAUCCCCGGUGCGUCGGGCAUCUGCGCCACUGCCACACGCUCACCCCCCGGAUAGGCGAUCCAGGAACGCGUCGCUGCGCGAUUUGCAGGAGUUGAUCAAAGGCACACCGGCGCGUUUUGGGCGAUGGUGCGAAGCGUCUCCAGUGCGCGGCGGUCUUCAGCACCACGGACAGCGGCGCGGAUCUCUUCGCUCUCCCGCUCAUGAUCCGCACAGCCCGGAUGAGUUUCUAGAGAACUGCGCUCUGCCUCACGCGUCAGCGGUCAUGCAUCGCAGGCACACCACCCUUCGAGAGAAGGGGCGUCGCCAGGCCGUCCGAGGCCCUGCCUACAUGUUCAAUGAACGUGGGACCAGCCUCACAGCAGAGGAGGAACGUUUCCUUGAUGCCGCAGAGUACGGCAACAUUCCUGUUGUCCGCAAGAUGUUGGACGAGUCCAAAACGCUCAACUUCAACUGUGUGGACUACAUGGGUCAGAACUCGUUGCAGCUAGCAGUCGGCAAUGAACACCUGGAGGUCACGGAGCUCCUACUGAAGAAGGACGGAAUGGCGCGCAUAGGUGACGCGCUCCUAUUGGCCAUCAGCAAAGGAUACGUGCGAAUCGUUGAGGCCAUACUGGCCCACCCGGCAUUCGCGGGAGGAUUGAGACUCACCUUAAGCCCGUUGGAGCAAGAACUGAGGGACGACGACUUCUACGCCUACGACGAGGACGGGACACGAUUUUCCCACGACGUGACGCCUGUGAUCCUGGCCGCCCACUGUCAGGAGUACGAGAUCGUCCACAUUUUGUUGAUUAAGGGCGCCAGGAUUGAGCGACCGCAUGACUACUUCUGCAAGUGCUACGAGUGUACGGAGAAACAGAGACGAGACUCCUUCAGCCACUCCAGAUCGCGCAUGAACGCGUACAAAGGGCUCGCCAGCGCCGCCUACCUGUCAUUGUCCAGUGAAGACCCCGUGCUGACGGCUCUUGAGCUCAGCAAUGAACUUGCACGCCUUGCCAACAUAGAGACAGAGUUUAAGAAUGAGUACAGGAAGUUAUCCAUGCAGUGCAAGGAUUUUGUGGUUGGUGUUUUGGAUCUGUGUCGUGAUACAGAAGAAGUGGAGGCCAUUCUGAACGGUGAUGUGGAUCAGAACCCAACCACAGAACAGAGACCCUGUCUAAGUCGGGUCAAACUCGCCAUCAAAUAUGAAGUCAAAAAGUUUGUGGCUCAUCCAAACUGUCAGCAGCAGCUCCUGACCAUCUGGUAUGAGAACCUGUCGGGUCUGAGACAGCAGUCUAUUGGUGUGAAGUGUCUGACGGUUCUGGGUGUUACUGUCGGUCUGCCCUUCCUCGCCAUUGCUUACUGGAUCAUGCCCUGUAGCAAGCUGGGCCAGAUAUUGCGGAGUCCCUUCAUGAAGUUUGUAGCUCAUGCUGUCUCUUUCACCAUCUUCUUGACUCUGCUGAUUCUGAACGCAUCGGACCGCUUUGAAGGGGUGAAGAACCUCCCGAACGAGACCAUAACAGAUCACCCACGACAGGUGUUUCGGGUCAAGACCACCCGGUUCUCCUGGACAGAGCUGCUUAUCAUGAAAUGGGUUCUAGGAAUGAUCUGGUCUGAGUGUAAGGAGAUCUGGACGGAUGGUCCACGCGAGUACGUCAUGCACCUGUGGAACGUUCUGGACUUUGGAAUGCUGUCCAUCUUUGUGGCAUCAUUCACAGCUCGCUUCAUGGCGUUCCUCAAAGCGUCCAAAGCUCAGCUCUACGUUGACCUGCAUGUUCCCAACCACGACAUCAGCAAUGCGUCACUUCCUGAUGACAUCGCCUACUUCACAUAUGCAAGGAACCGGUGGAGACCAUCAGAUCCUCAGAUCAUCUCAGAAGGUCUGUAUGCCAUCGCUGUGGUCCUGAGCUUCUCUCGUAUCGCCUACAUCCUCCCGGCCAACGAGAGCUUCGGCCCGCUGCAGAUCUCUCUGGGUCGUACGGUGAAGGACAUCUUCAAGUUCAUGGUCAUCUUCAUCAUGGUCUUCGUGGCUUUCAUGCUUGGCAUGUUCAACCUGUACUCAUAUUACCUGGGUGCCAAAUACAAUCCGGCCUUCACCACGGUUGAAGAGAGUUUCAAGACUCUGUUCUGGUCUAUUUUUGGUCUGUCAGAGGUGAUUUCUGUGGUUUUGAAGUACGAUCACAAGUUUAUCGAGAACAUCGGUUACGUCCUGUACGGGGUUUAUAAUGUUACGAUGGUGGUGGUUCUGCUCAACAUGUUGAUUGCAAUGAUAAACAGCUCUUACCAGGAGAUUGAGGAAGACGCUGAUGUUGAAUGGAAGUUUGCUCGUGCCAAACUCUGGUUGUCGUAUUUCGAUGAGGGGCGGACCCUUCCUGCUCCAUUUAACCUGGUGCCCAGCCCAAAAUCCUUUUACUACCUGAUCAUCAGGGUUAAGUCCGGCCUCCUGCGACUAUGUAAGGGCAAAGGUCAUCGACAUGGUAGCGAGCUGGAAAUGGGAAUGCUCAACUCACGGCUAAAGUAUGAUCAUCAUCGAGCAACUAUCAGAAAGAGAGAUGAGAACACCAUAAAGAAACCCAUUAAAAACCCAACACGCUAUCAGAUAAUGAAGCGUUUGAUUAAGCGCUAUGUUCUGAAGGCUCAAGUCGACAGAGAGAAUGAUGAAGUUAAUGAAGGUGAGCUGAAGGAAAUUAAACAGGACAUCUCCAGUCUUCGCUACGAGCUUCUAGAAGAGAAAUCUCAGGCCACUGGAGAACUGACGGAUCUCAUUCAACAACUCAGCGACAAGUUCGGCAGAAAUGCAAAAAAACAACCUUAAAAAUGUGCUGAAAUGCAUGAGGAAUGAAAGGAGGAGAAAGGUGAUGAAUACACUGUGAUAUUGUGUUAUUUAAUUUGGAAAUAUUUGAACUGACUGUAACUGUGUGAAAGUACAUAAAGCAGAUUUCUUUUUCACUUCCUGCAGGCUUUCUAAUUAACACACAACACACUGAGUAUCAUUUCACACAUUACAGUACAUGUGGGCUUGUACCACAGAUUUUACAAGUUUAAAGUAUCAAGUUCAUGCAAGCACAUUUAUUAGCAGAAACUGUGUGUGUGCGCGCACGUGUGUGUGUGUGUGUGUGUGAGAGAGAGAGAGAAAGAGUUUACAUACUGUAGCUCGCACACCCUUUUUUUUGCUAGUACUUUUGCAAGUACUUAAACAUCCUUUCAUUUCACUAGCACGACUUUUACAACAAUCCAUAUGUUAAGAAAGCUUAUUUUUCACAUCUACAAGGAAAAACUAAUUAUUAAGCAACAUAUGUUGUGCUGUUUAUAACUAAAAAUAAAAGUGCCCUGAUGUUGA